CAUAAACUUAAAUUAAGCCACGUAGACAUCAUUAAUACUAUCCACACUAGCUGUAUAUGUACAUGUUAAGUAAGCGUAUUCCAAAAAUAUAGUAUAUAUUACACGUCUCUCUACUCACCUCGAGAGCUUGAGAAGUUGGGAAAAGACCCAAAAAUAUAGUAUAUUUUACUAUUCUCUCUCUCUCUCUCUCUCUCUCUCUCUCUUUUCUGAUUUGACACUCUUUUUUUAUCCCGAAGUGAGAGGCGCAAUGGAACAAGAACGCAAGAACAAUAUGAAUGGGAUGGAGAUGGAAAAUGGAAAGAAGGAGAAUGGUUCGAAAAAAGGUGUCGAAUUAACGAUGAGAGUGUUGGCUUUGGUUCUAACAAUGGCUGCUGCAAUAAUUCUUGGUGUAGCAAAGCAGACAAAAGUUGUGUCUAUUAAGAUUAUUCCAACUUUGCCUCCUCUUGAUGUCUCUACAACCGCCAAAGCCUCUUACUUGUCUGCUUUUGUGUUCAACAUUUCUGCAAACGCUAUAGCUUGCGGUUACACGGCGAUUUCCAUAGUGAUUCUGAUGAUCACUAAAGGCAGAAGAAGCAAAGGCUUGUUAAUGGCGGUAUUGUUAGGAGAUUUAGUGAUGGUGGCUUUGCUGUUUUCCGGCACUGGAGCCGCCGGAGCAAUUGGACUAAUGGGUUUAAAAGGGAACAAACAUGUGAUGUGGAAGAAAGUUUGUGGCGUUUUUGGAAAAUUCUGUCACCAAACUGCUGCUUCGGUUGCCUUCACUCUUAUUGCUGCAGCUGUGUUUAUGCUUCUUGUUGUUCUUGAUGCUAUUAAGCUUCCUUAAUUUUUUUAACUCCAAAAAGAGAAAAGACAGAAAUGUUUAAUCAAGUUUGCUGUUUCUGUUUCUGUUUUUAUUUUAUUUUAUUGUCGUUGUGUGUUAUGUAAAGUCAUUAUCAACAACCAUCUAUUGUCUAUUUGCUUUUAAGGUUUGUUAAAUCAUUUUCUGUUGUGAGACCAAUAAUUAUUCGAAUUUCGGAAAUAUCCAACCAGCAGAGUUAUAUAUAGUUGUAAUAUCAAUGAACCUCUUGUAUCAGUCUAAUAUAAGAGACUUGAUUCU